GGAAUAAAUAUUAAGAUUGAAAUUCAAGAGACAGAGAGAGAGAGAGAAGACGAGUGAUCUGUGAUUACUUGAUAUUAGAGCAAGUUUUUGAGCUCAAAACCCUAAUAGGAGCUAAAGAAUCAAAUAAACAAAAACUGGAAAUGUAUAUGUUUUGAAGAAAAUUGUAGAUUUGGGUAAAAAUAUCUCAAGUGAGAUGGGUUUUUUUAGUACUAUACUAGGUUGUUGUGGAUUUGGGAUUGGAAUUUCAAUUGGAGUUGUGGUUGGGUAUUUUCUUUUCAUAUACUUUCAACCUACUGAUGUUAAGAAUCCGAAGAUUCAUCCAUUGGUGGAGCAAGACACGAAAACAUUGGAGGGUUUACUUCCUGAGAUACCGUUUUGGGUGAAAAACCCAGACUAUGAUCGUGUUGAUUGGCUAAGCCAGUUUGUAGAAAAGAUGUGGCCUUACUUGGAUAAGGCAAUUUGCAAAACUGCGAAAGCUAUAGCUAAACCAAUUAUAGCUGAGCAAAUUCCAAAGUAUAAAAUUGACUCGGUUGAAUUUGAAGUACUUACUUUGGGCGUUUUACCACCAACUUUCCAAGGAAUCAAAGUUUAUAUGACUGACGAAAAGGAGCUGAUAAUGGAGCCAUGCUUGAAAUGGGCAGGAAAUCCUAAUGUUACUGUUGCCAUCAAGGCAUAUGGGUUGAAAGCUACUGUUCAGGUGGUUGAUUUGCAAGUCUUUGCUCAACCACGGAUUACCCUAAAGCCACUGGUUCCUACCUUUCCUUGUUUUGCUAAAAUUCUGGUCUCUCUCAUGGAAAAGCCGCAUGUUGACUUCGGACUGAGAGUUCUAGGGGCAGAUCUGAUGGCGAUACCGGGUCUGUAUAGAUUUGUGCAGGAGCUUAUUAAAGAUCAGGUUGCUAACAUGUACCUAUGGCCCAGAACCCUGGAAGUGCAAAUUCUGGAUCCAACAAAAGCCCAGAGAAGGCCUGUUGGUAUUCUUCAUGUGAAGGUUGUGCGCGCAAUGAAGCUCAGAAAGAAAGAUCUAAUGGGUGCAUCAGAUCCUUACGUAAAACUAAAGCUGACUGAGGAUAGAGUUCCAUCGAAAAAGACUACUGUCAAGCACAGAAACUUGAACCCUGAAUGGAACGAGGAGUUUAAUCUGGUUGUCAAAGAUCCAGAAUUGCAGGCUUUAGAGAUUAACGUUUUCGACUGGGAGCAGGUUGGCAAACAUGACAAGAUGGGUAUGAAUGUUAUUCCUGUGAAAGAUCUUCCCCCCAAUGAGCCAAAAGAAAUGAUUCUUGAUUUACUAAAAAACAUGGAUCCUAAUGAUGUUACAAAUGAGAAGUCGCGUGGGCAAAUUGUUGUGGAAGUUACAUACAAACCCUUUAAGGAGGAAGAUAUACCUAAAGACUUUGAAGAAACAAACGAGGUUGAAAAGGCUCCUGAAGGUACACCUUCUGGUGGGGGUAUGCUUGUAGUUAUUAUUCACUCAGCUGAGGAUGUCGAAGGAAAGCACCACACUAAUCCUUAUGUGCGUCUCAUUUUCCGAGGGGAAGAACGAAAAACUAAGCAUGUGAAGAAAAACAGAGAUCCUAGGUGGGAAGAGGAAUUCACUUUUAUGCUGGAGGAACCCCCCCAGAAUGAAAGAAUACAUUUCGAAGUUGUCAGCUCCUCCUCGAGGAUAGGGCUCCUGCAUCCCAAGGAAACUCUGGGUUAUGUUGAUAUCAACCUUGCGGAUGUCAUCAGCAACAAACGAAUCAAUGAGAAAUAUCACCUGAUCGACUCGAAGAACGGCAAGCUCCAAAUUGAGAUGCAAUGGAGAACCUCCUAGUUGAUAAAAGAUGAUAAUUCCACUUUUAAUUCCUCUUCGUGGUAUGUGUUGGUACAGACAUUACAGGAAAGAAAGACAACAGUACUUUUACCUCUUUUUAAUUUUCGGUUAGAAAAAGUAGAGGAGUGUAGGCUCCUGGAUGAGUUAUGGACAUACUCUUGGCCAUCUUUCGACUUUGAUCAC